AUGCAUUCCGAGCAUUUCGAGGAGUGGUUAAGGGGUAUUUUACCGAGAUUGAAAGAGAACUCGGUCUUAGUUUUAGAUAAUGCCCCCUACCAUUCUCGAAAGCUAGAACAGACCCCUUCUUCUGCCUGGCGGAAAAGCAAUAUUCAAGAAUGGAUGAAAUCAAAGAAUAUUCCAUUCGAAGACAGCAUGGUCAAAGCUGAACUAUUAGAAAUAGUCAAUAAAGAAAAAUCUAAUUAUCAACAAUUAGCCGUGGAAAAGUUGGCUGCUGAACACGGUGUCACCAUUCUGCGACUGCCCCCUUACCACUGCGAAUUAAAUCCCAUCGAAUUGGUUUGGGCGCAAGUAAAGGGGCACGUUGCUAGGAACAAUAAGACCUUCAAAAUGAACGAAGAGACAAUUGUUCGAAGAAGGUCUACAAUUGGUGACACCACAGAGAUGGAGUGA